UCCAUCCCCGCCCCGCAGCCGCCCGAGCGGAGCCGCCGCGGCCGGACCCGAUGCCGGGAGCUGGGCGCUGAGGGCGGCCCCGACAUGGGGGUUCUCAGCAUCACGGACCAGCCCCCUCUGGUCCAAGCCAUCUUCAACCGGGAUGUGGAGGAGGUUCGGUCGCUGCUGAACCAGAAGGAGAACAUCAAUGUACUGGACCAAGAACGCCGGACACCGCUCCAUGCUGCUGCCUACAUCGGAGACGUUGCAAUCCUCGAGCUCCUCAUUCUGUCAGGUGCUAAUGUGAACGCGAAGGACACGGUCUGGCUCACGCCGCUGCACCGCGCCGCGGCCUCGCGCCACGAGAAAGCUCUUCACCUGCUCCUGAAGCACUCGGCCGACGUCAACGCCCGCGACAAGCACUGGCAGACGCCGCUGCACGUGGCCGCGGCCAACCGGGCCACCAAGUGCGUGGAGGCCCUGGUGCCCCUGCUGAGCACCGUCAACGUGGCCGACCGCACUGGGCGCACGGCUCUGCACCACGCCGUGCACAGCGGCCACCUCGAGAUGGUGAACCUGCUGCUCAACAAAGGCGCCAGCCCCAGCACGUGUGACAAGAAGGACCGGCAGCCCCUGCACUGGGCGGCCUUCCUGGGGCACCUGGAGGUGCUGAAGCUGCUGGUGGCGCGCGGGGCCAACGUGAUGUGCAAGGACAAGAAGGGCUACACCCUGCUGCACACGGCGGCCGCCAGCGGCCAGAUCGAGGUCGUGCGUCACCUCCUCAGGCUGGGGGUCGAGAUCGACGAGCCCAAUUCCUUCGGGAACACGGCCCUGCACAUCGCCUGCUACAUGGGCCAGGACGCCGUGGCCAACGAGCUGGUGAACGUGGGGGCCAACGUGAACCAGCCCAACGAGAAGGGCUUCACCCCCCUGCACUUCGCCGCCGUCUCCACCAACGGGGCCCUCUGCCUGGAGAUCCUCGUCAACAACGGGGCCGACGUCAACUUCCAGAGCAAGGAAGGGAAGAGCCCCCUGCACAUGGCGGCGAUCCACGGACGGUUCACGCGCUCGCAGAUCCUCAUCCAGAACGGCAGUGAGAUCGACUGUGCUGACAAAUACGGCAAUACCCCCCUCCACGUUGCUGCUAGAUACGGCCACGAGCUGCUAAUUAGUACUUUGAUGACGAAUGGUGCUGACACUGCAAGGCGUGGGAUCCACGACAUGUUCCCUCUGCACUUAGCUGUUCUCUUCGGAUUCUCAGACUGUUGUCGCAAGCUGCUUUCCUCAGGGCAGUUGUACAGCAUCGUGUCCUCGCUGAGCAACGAGCACGUGCUGUCCGCGGGCUUCGACAUCAACACUCCCGACAACCUGGGCAGGACCUGUCUGCACGCUGCUGCUUCCGGAGGGAACGUUGAAUGUCUGAAUUUGCUGUUGAGCAGCGGCGCCGAUCUGCGCCGGAGGGACAAAUUCGGGAGGACCCCCCUGCACUACGCGGCCGCCAACGGCAGCUACCAGUGCACGGUGACGCUGGUGACGGCCGGGGCCAGCGCCUGCGAGGCCGACGGCAAAGGCUGCACCCCCCUGCACUACGCGGCCGCCUCCGACACCUACCGCAGGGCGCCGUGCCCGGCUCAGGUGCCCCCUGUGCCCCCCAGGGCGGAGGCUCCGGCCGGGAGCGGCCACGGCAGCGCCGAGGAGCCGCUGCGGGAAUCCCGCAGGAAGGAGGCGUUCUUCUGCUUGGAAUUCCUGCUGGACAACGGGGCCGACCCUUCCCUGCGGGACAGGCAGGGCUACACGGCCGUGCACUACGCCGCCGCCUACGGCAACCGCCAGAACCUGGAGCUGCUCCUGGAAAUGUCUUUUAACUGCCUGGAGGACGUGGAGAGCAGCGUCCCCGUCAGCCCUUUGCACUUAGCUGCCUACAAUGGUCACUGUGAAGCCCUCAAGGCCCUGGCCGAGACGCUGGUGAACCUGGACGUGCGGGACCACCGGGGCCGCACCGCGCUCUACCUGGCCACCGAGCGCGGCUCCACCGAGUGCGUGCAGGUGCUCACCAGCCACGGCGCCUCCGCGCUGCUCAAGGAGAGGAAGAGGAAGUGGACUCCUCUCCACGCCGCGGCUGCCAACGGGAACACGGAUUCCCUGCACCUCCUGAUCGACAGCGGGGAGCGGGCGGACAUCACCGACGUCAUGGACAUCCACGGCCAGACCCCGCUGAUGUUGGCCAUCAUGAACGGCCACGUGGACUGCGUCCACCUCCUGCUGGAGAAGGGAUCCACGGCCGACGCCGCGGACAAGAGGGGCCGCACCGCGCUGCACCGAGGGGCCGUGACCGGCUGUGAGGAUUGCCUGGCUGCUCUGCUGGACCACGAUGCCUUCGUUCUGUGCCGGGAUUUCAAGGGCCGGACCCCGAUCCACUUCGCCUCAGCGUGCGGCCACCUGGAGGUCCUGCGGACCCUGCUGCAGGCAGCGCUCUCCACUGACCCCCUGGACUCCGUGGUGGACUACAGCGGCUACUCACCCAUGCACUGGGCUUCUUACAGUGGGCACGAAGAUUGUCUUGAAUUGUUACUUGAACACAACCCGUUUGCGUACCUAGAAGGAAACCCCUUUACUCCAUUGCACUGUGCAGUAAUUAACAACCAGGACGGCACUGCUGAAAUGCUGGUGGAAGCAUUAGGUGCCAAGAUUGUUAAUAGCAGAGAUGCCAAAGGAAGGACACCCCUUCACGCUGCUGCCUUUGCAGACAACGUCCAUGGUUUACAGCUGCUCCUGCGCCACCAGGCCGAGGUGGACACGGCGGACAAGCUGGGCAGGACCCCCCUCAUGGUGGCUUCGGAGAACGGGCACACGGCAGCAGUGGAGUUCCUGCUGUUCCAAGCGAAAGCAAAUAUAACUGUGCUGGAUGUCAACAAGAACACAGCUCUUCACCUGGCCUGCAGCAAGGGCCAUGAAAAGUGUGCCUUGUUGAUCCUGGGGGAAACCCAAGACCUUGGCCUUAUCAAUGCAAGUAACAGUGCUCUGCAGAUGCCGCUGCACAUCGCGGCGCGGAACGGCCUGGCCUCGGUGGUGCAGGCCCUGCUCAGCCGAGGGGCCACCGUGCUGGCUGUGGAUGAAGAAGGUCACACCCCGGCGCUGGCGUGUGCCCCCAACAAGGACGUGGCCGACUGCCUGGCACUUAUCCUCUCCACCAUGAAGCCUUUCCCCCCCAAGGACGCCAUCGGCUCCUUCAGCUUCAACCUCCUCAAGAACUGCGGCAUCGCGGCCAAGACGGCGGCGGCGUGCGGGGCCCUCCCGAACGGCUCCGCCUGCCCCUACUCCAAGGAGCGCCACAACGCCAUCGGCCUGGACGGCUGCUACUCGGAGUAGCCCCGACCCAUGGGUGACCUAAUAUCUUAUUCUAUUUAUUUAGAAAUUCUAUAAAUAUAGGGCACUUUAAAGGAGAACAAGACUGGGCAAGCCCAGCGCGGGCUGUGGGGUGGGCUGGGCUGGGGAGGAGCCAAGAGUUCGGCGCUUUCCGCGCUCCGGCGGUGCCAAAGCUGCUCCUGGCAGUGGCCUUCCCGUCCCCUGCGCCUUCCCAAUCCUGCCUGUGCCCCUGGCUGGCCGGGUAGGAGGCGGAAGGGGCAGGAUUUGGGCUGGCACAGGGCAGGUGCCACCAUCCGCUGCUGGGUUUUUCCUUUCCGGGCUUGAUCGGAGCCGUUUCCUUCCCGGCGUUUGUUUCCUUCCCGGUGUUCUGUUCCAUUCCCGAUAUUUUUCUUCCGUUCCCGCUGUUUCCUCCCCUGUUUUUCCCCAGUGCCAGCCCCCCCUGCCCUGCCGGGAUACCCCCGGAGCUGCUGCCCCGGCAGAAGGGGCAGGAUUUGGGCUGGCACGGGCCAGGUGCCACCAUCCACUGCUGGUUUUUUCCUCCUCUGGGCUUGAUCGGAGCCGUUUCCUUCCCAGCGUUUUGUUCCAUUCCCGAGAUUUUCUUCCAUUCCCAGUAUCUCCAUUCCCAGUUUUUCCCUUGUGCCAGCCCCCCCCCUGCCCUGCCAGGAUACCCCCGGAGCUGCCACCCACCCAGCCGGGAUGAGGAAAAGCUGAACUCUUGGCAGGGGCGGGGAGGGUUUGGGAUUUAGGGAUGGAGGGGGUCAGCUCCCGGCCGAGCAGCUCGGAAUCGCUGCCCUCCUGCGAGCCCAAACACUUGAAAACCCAAAAUCUGCUGUACCUGGCACACUCCGAAAUCCUUUGGCAGCUCAUUUCUAUGGAAAAACAAGAAACAAAGCCGGGUGCUGCUGCCCGAGCCCGGGCACGGAUGCGCCGCUGGAGCCUCCUCCCCACACCAGGCACUUUAGGGAUUCUGUUGGUCGUUGGCUUUUUUGAGUUUUUGAAGGUUUUGGUUGGGUUUUUUUUUUUUUGGUUUUUUUGGGGUUUUUGGGGGGUUUUUUCCUCCCCCUUUUCCUUUGGCAAAUCGUUACAUCCUAAAAAGCUGCUUUGGAGUUUCCCUUCCCUGCUUUGCGUGGCCGUUUCCAUGAGAGAGACUCAGUGUUGGUUGCUUGGGUUUGUGUUUUGUUGUUGUUGUUGUUGUUGUUUUUUUAAAAAAAAACAAAAAAAAAGAGAAUUAUUUAUAGAGAAACGAGCAUUUACCUUGAAAAAAAACCAACAAAAACCAUAAAAAGAA